AUGCCUAAGCUCACAACCGAGGUGCCUACUGAUUUACAGAGGACGACCGGCGUGGCGGACGAGAUACUCGCAAAACGGGAGGAGGAGCGUGGCCGGAAGAGAGAUCAUGACAGCGAGGAUAUGGAAGGCCGCCAUGGGCACUCUCCGAAGCGAGCGAGGUCUCUAUCAUCGGAUUCCGCAAACUCGAUCUCAACAAUAUCCACCAAUCGGUCCGCGUCAGCGUCGCCAGACCGCCACAGUAAGCAUGGCUCCCAUACCAAUGGCCACCGCAGUUCAGCAUCACCACCUCAUGGUGAUACUCGAAAGAGAAGAUACAGCGACUCUUCGGACGGCUACUCCGCAAAGGGGAAAGCAGCCCCGGGCAACGUGGAAGAAGCCGUGAUUCGGAAAGGCAUGAUUCUCGAAAAAGAGACCGGCGCAGCCAGAAUGCUACCUACGACCAUUCACAAAAACGCUCUUAUCGAGAUCGAGAACCGCUACAAGGGCCUCCGCAACCAUCGCAGCCUGGACGAUCCAGGCAGGAACCCAGGGCGCGCGCAGGACCACCUCGGGAACGAAGCCUAA